CACAUGCCAUGUGUUUGUCUAGUUUGUCAUAUUUGUCAUCAAGUCAUCAACCUUCUUCAAACUUGAACGUCAAGUGUGAGAGGUUACGUGGCCGAAGUUUUCUAAUUUUAAUUUAAAGUAAACAUGUAUCUUUUCGGCUUCCUUAUUUCACUGGUUUGUUUGGGCAUAAAUCAAAGUUUGGCCUAUUUUAUCACAGUAGAUGCACAUGCAGAAGAAUGUUUCUUUGACAAAGUGGAAGCUGGCACAAAAAUGGGUCUCACUUUUGAAAUAGCAGAAGGAGGAUUCCUUGACAUAGAUGUGCGUAUUAUAGAUCCAAACGGCCAGAACUUAUACCAGGGUGAAAGGGAAACUGCCGGAAAAUACACAUUUGCAGCCCACACAUCUGGUAUAUAUACAUAUUGUUUCUCAAACAAGAUGUCAACUAUGACACCUAAAGUUGUUAUGUUUAAUAUGGCUGUUGGGGAAUCUCCAAAGGCAGAACAACAAGAAGGUGAAAAUGCUAAUAAGUUGGAGGAAAUGAUCAGAGAACUUACAAAUUCAUUGUCUGGUGUAAAACAAGAACAAGAAUAUAUGCAGGUUAGAGACAGAAUUCAUAGAAGCAUCAAUGAAAGCACAAAUUCUAGGGUAGUCAUGUGGUCCUUCUUUGAAGCAGUAAUUUUAGUAGCAAUGACUGUAGGGCAGGUAUACUAUCUCAAGAGGUUCUUCGAAGUAAGAAGAGUUGUGUAAACAUUAAGUCUGAUCAUUACAUAUUUCUUAAAAUUUUGUAAAAUUGAUAAUAUACAAAUUAUGUAUGUAAUUUGAAUUUUGGGACAUUGUAAAUUAAAAAAAAAAAAAGAUCUCUAGUUUUAAAUACAAAGUCUGAUGGUACAGAAUUGAUUGUGUUUAUGAUCGAUAACCUUAUUGUAUUCAGGAAGACUGAAACUGGUUAGUAAUGUAUUACUAUUAAUUUGUUCUGUUGAAUUCACUGCACAAUAUUUAAAAUCAUUUCUUUAUAACUGAUUUAUCAGAAAUGAAUUUUUUGAGUUCGAAUAGAACAAACUAGAGAUCUUUAUAUUUGAAAUAAUAAACUUACGGAAAAGUACAAAUAAGUAUUGGUUUUCUAUAAUGUUUUCUCUUGUACAUACCUACCUCAAACUAAUAUCUUUUGGGGCGAAAUUUCUCACUGUACCAUUAAAAUUUUUUGUUGCUUCUUUUGUUGUAAAAUAUUUGUAUUAAUAAGUAAAUUUUUAUAUAAAUGCUUAUAAAUAA